UAUCCACUCAAAUCCAAAAAAGGAGCAUUUACAUCACCGUCAAUAAUAAUUUAAACAUUUACAAUUCUUUUAAGUAGCGCAGCUUUUGCCUACACAACGUGAAUCAACACUUGUUUGAAACGAGAAUACACGGUAGUUCGAGAGUAGAAGUCGUCGUCAAAGCAUUGAAUUCACCAAGUGUCGGGUCACAAAAAAAAAUGACUAAAUGUGCAUUUUAUUGAAACCCAGACGUGUUUGCGACAAGUGGUUUUUUACGUAUUAAGUGCAGUGACGAAUGGAUUAAGACAUAUUAAUUUGAUUUUGGAUUAAAAAUUCACAUCUGGAUUAGUUUAUUAAUAUCUAGGAAAGAUUAACCAUGUACUCCAGAAUAAAUGGAACUCAAACUAACAUACUUAAUAGGACAAACAGUAUAUGUCCGACACCAGAAGAAAAACUUUUAGAACUGGUCCUGAGCAACGACACUGAUGAAAUAGAGAACAUCAUUAACGAAACAUUACUAAACUAUUUGUACAAUGACUACAACAAACCAAUUCUUCUUAUAACGUGUAUCGAAGAAAAAGUUAAUGCAGCGACUGUUGAAACUUUGAUUAAUUCCGGAGCAAAUUUACGUUACUCAGAUGAAAAUCAAUGGGAAGCGUUACAUUUUGCUGCAAAAAGAACAGACGUUUCCAUUUUAACGACAGUUAUCAAUGGAUUAAAAGCUAUAAAUUGCAAUAUUAAUUCUGUGUUAGCCGAAAAUAGCAACGUUUUACACAUUCUAAUCAGAUAUGGUGAUAGUAGUAAAGAAGAAUUCGAGGAAUGCGCUAAGCUUUUAAUUCAGAAUGGUAUAGACGUAAACCACGCAGAUAGCAAAGCGAUGUCUCCAAUUCUUUGGGCAGCUAAAAACGGUUUAAAAGAUAUUAUUAAAAUUAUUUUAGAAUGUAGUCCUGUACCAGUAGAUCUUGAUUCACAUAAAUCCAGAGGUCAGACUGCGAGAGAUAUUAUUAUUAACAAAAAAUUAUAUAAUGGUAUUUUACCAGAAAAAGUCGAUAAUAAUAAUCAUCACAGAAAUUCAGGAAGCAAUGAAGAAUCUACAAAAGAAAUAGUUGCACUUUUUAAUUAUAUAAAAUCAAAUCGAGAAAAUGAUUUUAUCAAUUUCAAAAAUGGAAAUAUCUCAAAUUUAGUAGACCUCGAUAAUGGUAAUGAUACCUUAUUACAAUUAGCUACGGACAAAAAUUGUAAGGAAAUUGUACAACAUUUAAUAAACAAUGGUGCUGAUAGGCUUAAAGUAACAAACAAAAACCAAAAAUCUCCAUUGGAAAUUGCAGCUGAUCAUGGUUUUUAUGAAAUUUUUAAUAUCCUUUUAACAAAUUUUAACAGCCCAAUUCCAAAUACUGUUCUAAUAAGUUUACUUAAAUACUACGAUAAUACAAUUUUCGAAGAUACUGAUAGAAGUAAAUGCUGUAGCUACCUUUUGGAAAAACUAGCACACAACAGUAACCUGCUAGAUAUAAACGAACUUGAUGCAUCAAAGAAUUCUCCUUUACAUUACGCUGUACGGUACGCUGAUGCGCCCGUGAUCAAGCAACUUCUUGAUAUAGGAGCUUCUUUGGGAUCCAAAAAUGUAUUUAACAUCAUGCCUGUACAAAAUUUGGAACCAGAAUUAUUAGAAAAACAUUUAGACAGUUGCGUUCAAUUCGAUUUUAAAGGAAAAAAAGAUAAAGAAGAUUUUGAGAUAACAUUUAACUACCGCACUUUGAUGCCUCCUCCUAAGAAACUUGACAAACCAGAUCCGGAACAAGGCACAAAUGAUUUGAACAACCAAGAACUUGUUCAUGAAACUGAAGUUAUAUCUUAUAUGAGCACUGCACCAGAAUUUAAACAUCUUCUUGUGCAUCCUGUAAUAGUUAGUUUCUUAUUUAUGAAAUGGCAUAGAAUCCGUUGGUUAUUUUAUACAAAUUUGGCUUUCUAUGUAGCGUUUUUUGUAUCUUUAGUUUUAUAUGUAUUCUCUUACUAUGCUAAUUUUGCUGAAGAGCUUUCAAAAUUUGAAACAUUUCUUAGUAAUUUCUCAUGGGCAGUAUUAUUAGUUACAUUUUUUAUCUUAGUUUUUAGAGAAUUUUUCCAGAUAAUAAUUUUACCUCACAAGUAUUUUACGAAUUUCGAGAACUACGUUGAAAUUAUGCUUAUAUUAUUAUCUGGUUCUAUAUUAUUUGUUAAUUCUCCAACUGUUAAUACUCGUAAACAGCUCUCGUCACUUUCCAUAUUGCUGGCAGCUUUCGAAUUAGUGUUGAUGGUAGGUCAACAUCCUAAAUUAUCAACAAAUGUUGUUAUGUUGAAGACGGUUUCAUAUAACUUUUUUAAAUUUCUUCUGUGGUAUUCCCUCCUCAUUAUCGCGUUUGCUCUUAGCUUUUAUAUCCUCUUUACUGAAAUACCGUUAAAAUCGUCAGAUAACAAUACAAAUGAUGAAACCGAAGAUAGUUUUUCCGACCCGGGAAAUUCUGUCUUUAAAACCAUCGUUAUGCUUACAGGCGAAUUUGAGGCAAGCGAUAUGAAUUUCAAAAGUUUUCCCAUUGUGAGUAAACUCAUAUUUGUACUUUUCAUUUUUAUGAUUGCCAUAAUAUUACUUAAUCUCUUGAAUGGUUUAGCUGUAAGCGAUACUCAGAUGAUUAAAAAUGAUGCAGAGCUACUUGGUCAUAUUUCCCGAGCACAGCACAUUCGUUAUGUUGAAAUAAUGUUAUUAGGAAACGUAGUACCUAAAAAUAUCUUUAAAAAAAUUAAUGACAUUUGUUGUUGCUUUCCGUUCGCACAAAAUUGGAAUUAUGCCCUUUUUAAACCUCUUGCUGAAAAAGUUUGUCUAUUUCCACAUUUGUUCAAUAAUUACGAAAUGACAGUGUAUCCGAAUAGGAACGGACAGAUAUUUGUACCAGUGAAUAAAAAGCAAAAAUGUUGUUACGGAUGUUGUUAUAAUAUUUAUUUAAAUCGUGAAACGAUUAACAGAACAAAUGAACUUGUUCAAGCUAGAAAAGAACAAAGAAAGACAGAUCAAGUUUCAGAAAAAACUGAAGCUGAAAUAUGUCACUUGACGAGUAAAAUAGAAAAAUUGGAGGAUCUAAUUCUUUCUUUGAAAAAAGUAGUUGAAAGAAAUUAUAAAUAAAUAAUUAUAAUUAUAUGAGUUACAUAUUUUUUAUACUAAAAUGAAUAAGAACUAAUAGGCCAGUCAGUAAAGACAUCCUAUUUUGAACAUUUCACAUUAAUUACAAAAGUUUUC